AUGUACGGCCUGUAUCUGGAAGCCGUGAACGAUUACAUCAACGAGUCGUACGGCGAGGACGUGUGGCGGCUGAUCGAGAACCGUGCCGAGAUCCCACACCUCAAGUUUGUGCGGCACCAGAUGUACAAUGAUAACCUGAUCCUGCGGUUGGCGAAGGCGGCGGGCGAGGUGUUGGGGAAGACGCAUGACGAGCUGAUGUACGCGUUUGGAGUCUACAUGGUCAAAAGAAUUGGCAACUAUGGAUAUGAACGCAUUCUCAAGGUGACACAGAGGCCUAGGGAUACAGAGGCCAAGCUUCUGGUCGAUGGUCGAUGUGGGUGUUGGAGGAUUGGGGUUUUGUCCAUUUCCUGGGAUUCGUCCUCGUCCAGCAGGCUCAAUAGGGUGGUGGGGGAGGACCUCUCCUCCCUGUAG